AUGGCAGCGGGGCUCGGUUUCUUGAAGGCCGUGCCGCUGGCACUGGCGCCUGUCGUGCUCGCCGUCGUGCUGUACAGUCCCAGGGACUUCUCGCCGGCGCCGAUGCCGCCGGAGUACUCGUACGGCCCCGACGUGUCCGCGCCGCGGCACGAGCGCCGCGCGCUGCAGCACAGCGAGCGCGUGGGCGAGGGGCGCCUCCCGGGCCCGGAGGACCUGGCGUACGACGGCGCCGGAGGGUGGCUGUACACGGGGUGCGCCGACGGGUGGGUCCGGAGGGUGAGCGUGCCUGGCGGGGACGUCGAGGACUGGGUCCGGACCGGCGGCCGCCCGCUUGGUGUCGUGCUCGCCUCCGACGGCGGUCUCAUCGUCGCCGACGCCAACAUCGGGUUGCUGAAGGUGAGCCCGGACAGGAAGGUAGAGCUGCUGACGGAUUCGGCGGAGGGCCUCAAGUUCGCGCUGACCGACGGCGUGGACGUCGCCGCCGACGGCACCAUCUACUUCACGGACGCGUCGUACAAGUACAACCUCGACAAUCACAUGGCGGACGUCCUCGAGGCGCGGCCUCACGGGAGGCUGAUGAGCUUCGACCCGUCCACGCGGCGGACGGCCGUGCUCGCGCGCGACCUCUACUUCGCCAACGGCGUCUCGGUGUCGCCGGACCAGAGCUCCCUCAUCUACUGCGAGACCGUGAUGAAGAGGUGCUCGAGGUACCACAUCGCCGGCGAGAAGAAAGGCACCAUCCAGAAGUUCAUCGACAACCUGCCGGGAUUUCCCGACAACAUCCGUUACGACGGGGAAGGCCGCUACUGGAUUGCCCUGUCCGCAGCAGAGGCAGUUGACUCCAUCGUGUAUGUGAACCUGCAGGGGAGGACUCUUCAGUGGGACUUGUUGAUGAAGUACCCCUUCAUCCGGAAGCUGGUGUACCUCGCGGAGAAGUUCGCGGUGGUUCCCCGUGCGCUGAAGAACUCCGGGGCCAUGAGCGUGGCUCUGGACGGGAAGCCGGUGACCAUGUACAGUGACCAGGGCCUCGCCCUCGCCACCGGCUGGCUCAAGGUCGGCGAGCAUCUGUACUACGGGUCACUGACGGAGUCGUACCUCAGCAAGAUCGACCUCACUAAAUCUUCAGUCGAAUCACUCGAGUGA